UUGAGCAAACCAAGCGCUGAGCGGCAGCACUGCACCUAAAACACUUUGCGAGCGGCAUAUCUACCUUAGAUCAAACCUCUGCCUUUAGCUUUUCGUUAGCCUAUUCCUCGACACCACGCAGAUUUCCCUCUGUCUCAGCGGUACAUGCAACUGAUACCACUCUGAACACAAGAGCUGGGGACAGCCUGUCUCUUCACACCGCAACCUUGCAUCGAGGUGUUAACUACUUUCCUUUCCAUGUUACUCCGUUAUCUCCGGUAUUUUCGAGCCUGCCACUGAAAAGUUUCUGUUGUGAGGAUAAACGAAAUCUAGGACCUGGAUCUUCAAAGGGAUUGUUUAUAAUAACACGUUGACCUGAGGAGGAUGACCCCGCAGUGAGACUGGACCCUUCCGUGAGGACCCACCUUCCCCUGACCUGCGUGUCCAGAGCGGCCUCCCGCACGCCGGACACCCCGCCCCACUCCUUCUUCUCACAGCCCCUCCUCUGGUCCCAGGAACCGCCUUCCCCAGGUACCAGGAUGGACCUGCACCGGGCCGCCUUCAAGAUGGAGUCGUCCUCCUACCUCCCCAACCCGCUGGCGUCCCCGGCCCUCAUGGUGCUGGCGUCCACCGCCGAGGCCAGCCGCGACGCCUCCAUCCCCUGCCAGCAGCCCCGCCCCUUUGGCGUGCCUGUCUCCAUGGGCGAGAAGGACGUGCACCUGCCCUUCAACAACGGCUCCUACACCUUCGCCUCCAUGUACCACCGGCAGGGCGCCGUCCCCGGGGGUUUUCCCAACCGGGACUUCCCCCCCUCCCUGCUGCACCUACACCACCAGUUUGCGCCCCCAAACCUGGACUGCUCCCCCAUCACCAUGUUGAAUCACAGCGGGGUGGGGGCCUUCCGGCCUUUCGCCUCCCCUCCGGAGGACCGCGACGGGGCUGGGGGCUACCAGUCGGCCUUUACCCCGGCCAAGCGCCUCAAAGGCUGCCUGGACGCCGACGCAUCUCCUCACCUGCGCUACACGGACGCUGAGGGCAAAGAGUAUGACUUUGGGGGCGCGCAGAUCCCCUCCAGCUCCCCGAGCGCCCUUAAGGCAGUGGAGGACGCUGGGAAAAAGAUUUUUGCCGUGUCUGGUCUGUUGUCGGACCGCGAGACGUCAUCAAGCCCAGAGGACCGCAUCGAACGUUGUAAGAAGAAAGUGUCUCUGUACGACAGCCAGGCUCCCAUCUGUCCCAUCUGCCAAGUGCUGCUUCGCCCCGGAGAGCUGCAGGACCACAUGGAGCAGGAGAUGGAGCGCCUCACCCACAUGAACCUUAGUAAGAACUCGUCACAUGGACACAAGGAUGGGAGUAUGGCCCCAGGAACUCCUAAGUCCAUGCUGCUGUCGGUGCACAUCAAACGCGAGGGGGAGUCACCGGUGGUCUCCCCCCUCUCCUCCGAAGACGCCCAUCACUCCGACAGAUACCAGACAUUUUUGCGAGUGCGGGCAAAUAGGCAAACGCGAUUGAAUGUCGAUGACCUCUGCUGGUGCAGGCGCUACGCCAAGGAAAGUGUCAAAAGUGUUCCCCUUGGACUGCAUAACGGAGCCCCCGUGGCCCCCUGCUGCAUUCGCCACGCCCGGAUUGGGAAGAUGAAGCGCCGGAAGCCAGAAGAUGGGCAGGUAUGUCCACUGUGCAGCGCGCCGCUGGCAGGGACGGAGGAGGAGAUGAGUAGGCAUGUGGAACAAUGUCUGUUCAAGAGGGAGGGAGUGUUUGCUGAGGAUGACUCUGCAGACAUGGAUGGAGAGAACGGGACCCGCUUCGAGGAGUACGAAUGGUGUGGCCAGAAGAGGGUCAGAGCUACCACCCUGCUGGAGGGAGGCUUCAGAGGAACAGGCUUUGCCAUGUGCAGCACGAAGGAGAACCACGACAGCGACGCGGACCUGGACGUGGAUGGAGAUGACACGCUGGAGUACGGCAAGGCCCAGUACACGGAGGCUGACAUCAUCCCCUGUUCCGGAGAAGACCAAGGAGAAGCCAAAGAACGGGAGGCCCUGCGCGGAGCCGUGUUGAAUGGAGGAAUGCCGUCCAACAGAAUAACACCAGAGUUCUCCAAAUGGGCCAGCGACGAGAUGCCCUCCACGAGCAACGGAGAGACCAGCAAGCUGCAGCCUCCUCAGGAUCCCAACACCUCCUGCUCGUCCUCCAACGCCCCGCGCACCUGUAAAAACAGUGACAUAGAGAAGAUCACGGAGGACUCGACUGCCACCACGUUGGAAGCACUAAAGGCCCGCAUCCGGGAGCUGGAGAAACAGAUCCUGCGAGGGGACCGAUAUAAAUGCCUCAUCUGCAUGAGGAAGAGAUUCCAAACAGACAGGGCCGAAGACAAGAAUCUGGGCCAAUCGAGCCGGGCCCUGGCGGUCACGGCAGCCAAUGAGAGGCGGGUUGCGGAGAGCUCAAAGCCCCUCCCGCUCAGCGUUUACUGUUUGUAUAGAGGCUACGUAAUGGGCUGCGCCGGCGGCGGGAUUAAACGGCUGAUGCCGCUACGGAGGGACUCGUACACGAUGCCCCUCACCUCCAUCCAGUGUUGGCAUGUCCACUGUGAGGAAUGCUGGCUGAGGACUUUGGGAAACAAGAAACUGUGCCCACAAUGCAACACCAUCACAUCACCAGGCGAUCUGAGGCGUGUCUACUUGUGAAGAAGACAGCGCUUGCCUGACCGGCCCCCACCUCCAGCCCCGUCCCUCCCACCCACUCCUCCUUCUUCCAUUUCCUCUCAGCGUAUUGCAUUUUUUUUGGUUUGUUUUUGACCUUGCGUGAGCCUGGGCUUUGAUCCCCCACCCCCAGAGAGACGACCCCUGAUGUCUCCAGUGACUCUUCACACCUGGGGGGAGGACUGUCUGACCCACGAGACUUGGGAACAAAACUGUUCAUUUAGUCUGAGCAUUCGCAGAACAGGCUCCCUGCUCACUCCACACUGCCCUCUAGCGGCGGGUGGUCCACUCUGCAGGCGACAACCAUCCACCCUGGCUCACGCUCCUGCUUUAGGGUGUUUGGUCCCAUAGCUCCCAAGUGAAGGGUCCCAGUUUUGCUGUUUUCAUUCCUGAUGGAGCCUAAUCCAACCCCGCCCCCAACCCCCGCCCCCCGAGAGACCCAGGUGGGAAUGUGUGGUAGACCCUCUCCCCCCCAUACCAUCUCUACCCGCUCUGUAAGAAAAACCUCUAUCGGUUCCAGUCACCUGGGCAGCCCAGCUAGACGUUUAGACCGCGGUCUGUCCUCACAGCCAGCCAGCUUUAAGGGCCUGCUAAGGGGGAAAGCAAAACAAACUUUAGGAGCUUUCAGCCAAAGCAACAACCUCAGAACAACCAAGGGAUCGUCCUCUUCUCCUUUUCAAACGUUUUUCUUUUGUGCUGUUAAGUAGUGAAGUCAACCAAAUCCCAAGAGUCAGUGCAAGCACAUGUAUAAUAGUCUAUGUAUGUUUACAGUGUUGUGUGUAAAUGACAUAGAAGUUACACUUGUAUACAUAGGGUCCACACACACGCGCACACACACGCACACACACACACACUAAAGUAUAUAUUAUUACAGACCGGUUUUGAGUUUUGGGGAGGGGAAGGGAAUUAUGUUUUAAAAAAAUUGGCGAUAAAGAAAGCCCUCUGUAUUUUUAAAGCAAUGUUGUCGUCCUAAGGUUAAAGUUGUAUUUCGUUGUACAGGAAUACAUUUAAGUAAUAAUAAUAAACUACUCCAAUAGAAAUUCAAGGUUUAGACGGUGUAAAGUUUUCAUUCAAUUAUACAGUAAAAGCUGUAGAAGAUGUAGACCUAAAGCAAUUUCUUUGGCCCGGGAACAUUACCCAACAUAAGGAGAGUUGAUGGCUUUGAAUUGUUCCAUAACUGCAACGCGGGCUAAAUCACAACCAAUUCAGUUUACUACCACCUGCGCUGCUUCUUCUUAGUUGUACAGCCUGUGUGCUGAUCCUGUCACUUCCUCAUCACUUUGGUUUCUGUUAUGACCUCCGCUCAGACCAAGCCUCCUAAGAUGCUUCUCCCGAAAUGUUUUUGAGCGCUCCUCCUGUUGUGCUGUCCAGCAAAGGCUCCAACCUGGCAACUCUUAAAGGCAGGUCCUUCCCAUCUGUGAGGGAGGGAGUAGUGGGCCGCCACAUCGGCCCCCGACCAGUCACUGAACACUUCACCACAGCAAGGUGGCGUGCUUUGUAUUUGUAAAACUAUGUAUCCUGUGAUGUCUGUAUUGAUGUAAGCUGACAAAAAAAUAAAGAAAUGAAAGGUUUA